AUGUUUCGAGAUGAGAGUUCCCAUGUCAUCAAGAAAGCCGCCAAAACAAAGGCUCGGGGGCGCUUGAAGAAUGCGCAGGCUUCCAGCACUAUCCACGACGCCGAGUCGUCCGAAAACGCACCAGCCAGCACCGGCAGCGACCCCGAAAGCUCCGAUCCGAGUCCCAGACCGGUCGUCAAACCUGGUGUUCGUCGCCAAUAUCCAUCUCGUCCUUUGGCGGUAGUGACUCAGAAUGUGGCCAUCAGGCACCGACCUCACCAGGCUCGAUGGGCUUCUUCCUCCGAAAGCGAUGAAGACGACAGCUUCUUGCCGUCUCCCGAGGAAGACGACUGGCCAACGACUCAGCAAGCAACGCCCUUGUACUCCUUGUCGCCCUCGUAUCAAGAGCGUGGCACGGCCUUCUUCUUCUCCCGUUAUGUCUCUGUCGACGAGAAUGCCUGCCACCAAAAUUAUGACUUCGUAUUCGAUAUCUGGCGUCCAGCUAGCAUGUUGCCCGAGCGCCAGGUAGACGGUGUGAUGGCCAGUAUGACGGCUGUUGGUUUGGCUGGCCUCUCCCAUCUCACAAUGUGCCCUGAAAUGAUGGACUGGUCACGCAGAAGCUACGGCACCGCUCUACAAAUGACCAACGAUGCUUUAAGGAAUCCUGCGGAGGCGGUUAAAGACACGACCAUGUUGUCCAUCCUUAUCUUGGGCACAUACGAGAUGCUCAGUGGCCGCAGCAACCAGACGGUGAGGGCAUGGCAAAACCAUAUCAACGGCGCAUCUGCCCUCGCAAAAAUGCGUGGCCUCAAGCAGUUCAUGACGAGAGCGGGAGCCCGCAUGUUUGUGAUGCUGACACAGAUCGUCCUCAUCAACUGCAUGCAAAAAGACAUGCCUAUGCCGCAGCCUCUGGUAGAGCUCCGGAACCAGCUGGGUAUGCUGUCAGGAGGAACAGAUCCGAACUGGCGAUUAUCAGGCCCUAUUUACAAGGUCAUGCAGUUGAGAUACGACAUCAACAGCGGUAAACUCAGCCAGACAGCUGAUGUUAUCGAUCAGCUGUCAAAGGUUGAUAAGGAAUUUGCUGAUGUCAUUACUGAACUCCCGGAGUUCUGGAAGUACCGACCUGUGAGGCUCUCGAAACCCCGCCUAGCCGUGUUCGAUGGUCACCAUUGUGAUGUGUAUCCAACCCUGGGACUGGCAGCGACGUGGAACGGCGUUCGAUCGAUCAGAAUGAUGGUGCAUGAGACUAUCAUUGGAGAGCUUUUCAAGUGCUUUCCCGACCACCACAUCACGGCUUGGCCGUACGAGGCAAAGCUACAGCUGGCAAAGUCCGUUGAAUUGUUGGAGAAACUCCGCGACAGAGUGAUAGCGAGUGUUCCUCAGCAUUUCGGCGUCGUCAACUUCAAAGAUACCAUGUCAGGAGGCGGUGACUCAACGACAGCCGUUAUCAUGGGGAAGAAGUCCCCAGUCCAUAUCGUGUUGUCUCCCACGACUUCCGCAUCGUCCUCGCCGCCCUUGCCUGUGGACGAUCCGAAACGGCGCCCGACAGUGUUCAACGGUCCAACUUUGCACGACCCGGCACAUAUGAAAGGCCGCAGCGACAAUGCCGAGCGUUUUAUGACUCUUGCAUCUGCAAGCAAUACCAUUGUAUGGCCGCUGUACCUGGUGGGCGUAUCGUCGUGCGGCACGGAGGAAGUCAAGAAGUAUGUCGUCGAACGGUUACAAGCAAUCCUUGAGGAGUCGGGGCUGCUGCAAGCUCGUGGAGUAGCACUCAUGGUGCAAAAAAAGGAGGUGUGCAUUCCAUGGUCUGACGUGCCCUGGGAUCGAAUGCCACAGACACAGGUCCCAUCGGACUUGUUUGUGUGA